AUGUGGCUUUUCGGCCCGUUAUUAAUACAGCUAUUUUGUAAAUAUGUUGUGACCCAAUCGGCUGCGGAUGCAUUAAAGAUUGCUGUCGAAGGAAGCUCUGUGAAUGAAUUCCGAGGUUUCUACAAGCGAGAACAUUCCGUUGUCCGACCCUAUAUGGCUGGGGUAGAGAUUCCGUGGAAUUUGGUCGGACACACCGUGAUUUCUACGCAUGAGAUCCGCCUUACUGCCGAUGCCAAAAGUCAACAAGGAGGAAUCUGGAAUAGUCACGCAUUAUGGGCAAGAGAUUGGGAGCUACAGGUUUCUUUCAAAGUUACCGGCCAGUCAGGACAAUUAUUCGGUGAUGGCAUGGCCAUUUGGUAUGCCCAGGAACCAGGGCUUCUUGGGCCAGUUUUUGGGUCGAAAGACUAUUUUCGUGGGCUCGCCGUCUUCCUUGAUACGUACAGCAACCAUAAUGGCCCCCACCAGCAUGGACAUCCCUGGGUAUCUGCGAUGGUCUCCGAUGGCACACUUCACUAUGAUCACGACCGUGAUGGAACGCAUACUCAACUGGGCGGAGAAGAAGCAGGAUGUGAAGCGAAAUUCAGAAACCAAGACUUUGAGACACAAGUCCUGAUCCGAUAUGUCGCAGACACGCUUUCGAUUUUUGUUGAUACUGACGGAGAAGGUACUUGGAGAUCCUGCUUGAGUGUCGACAAUGUCAAACUUCCGACCGGGUAUUAUCUCGGAGUCUCGGCAGCAACAGGGGAGCUCUAUGAUAUUCAUGAUCUCAUCUCCUUCAAGACCUUCCAAAUCGACGUGGACCGCGUCGAGUCGAGGGACGACCUACAACCCGAGAAAAUUGUCCCGCAUGCUGAUUCCGUUAGUGCACCAAGGGACCAUGUCGUCGAUCCAAAGCCAUCUCGUCUUGGAUGGUUUGGCACGGCACUGCUUCUGAUCGUUGCCAUUGCUGUAGUCAUCGGCAUCGUGCUCUUCGGCGUCAUGUCCAUUAAAAACAAGAACCAAACUCAGCACAAGCGUUUUUAU